AGAUGAUCCAAUGUGUGUAACACCCAGUUACAUACAUACACGUACACAUUCAUCGUGCUGGCUGGCACAACCAUACGGAUUAGGGUUUGUCAUCAGUAAAUGAGCUAGUAUAGCCAUCCCAAUAUCAGCAGACAAUGGCGAAGAUGGAGGUGGACGAACCACACCCUAAUCUAAAGACGGAGGAGAAGAAGAAGAAGAAGAAGAAGAAGAAGAAGAUGAAGGUGGACGAACCACAUCCUAUUCUAAAGACGGAGGAGAAGAAGAAGAAGAAGAUGAAGAUGAAGGUGGAGGAGAGAGAACAAAAUCCAGACACCGAAGAUGAAGACGAAGAAAACAAGAGCAAUAAGAAGAAGAGAGAGAAAAAGAAGAAAGACACGGUACACGUGAAGAUCGAGACCCUCAGCGAAAACCCAAACAAGAUCUCUCCUUUCGUCGGCUACUUUCCCUCCGGUUACGAUCCUCUGAAGUUGGGUCCCGAAACCCCCGAAUCAGAAUCACCUCCACAACAUAGGGUUAGGGUUUUCAGGGACGUGAAAAAGACUAAACGGUUGCAGCUCGUGGUCACCCCAAAUGGGUCCAAGGUCGAUUUCGUCGGCAUCAACUAUGAGGGCGAAGCCGCUGCUGCUCAGGUAUGUACGUAUGCUCUUGGGGUUCUUGAUAAGCAGACCCAGACGCUGAAAGUUGUUCCGAUUGCUUCCAAUAAGAUAUUUAGGUUGGAGCCAAAAAUUAGAAGCUCUGGUUUAUCUGAAAAUGAACCUUCAAAUUUGUUGACGGAAGAGCCCACCGCAGAACAGAAGACUGACAAACGUAGAGAACUAACACUUGUGUAUGGAACAAAGAGGUCGAGAAACCAGGAUAUGAAACGUCAAUCUUUACAUCCACAAGAACAUCUUGGAGUAAAGGAGGAUUCGGAAAGUAAAUUAGAGGAAAUCAAGCCAAGCAAGGAGGCCUUUGAUAGUGCUGAUGCUUAUAAUGCUCGAAAUAUCCCACCACAUGAUAUUUCUGCCACUACACCCGAAACGGCUUAUCCACUGGACAAGAUUAUCUUCAAAGGCGAGUGGGAUUACCUUUUAGAUAUUCUCAAGGGUUCAGAUAUAAGGGCAGAUGUUUACCCGAGCUUUGUUUGCAACAGAAUUCAUAGAUUGGACAAUAUUGAGGAUGAGGUGGAGCAGAAGAAGCUUGCUUGCAUCCUGUCAUACAUUGCUCAUCUCAUAAAGUUCAAGGAUAAACACUCUAUGGAGGGCGUCUCUUCUGCAAAGCAUCAUAAAUUCCCGAGCAUUUUAUCCCAGAAGUUUUCCAACAUGUUUGGUGAGUCGGAAUUAAGAAGACUUUCAAACGAGAAGAGUGAUCUUCUUAUCAGUUAUGUUUUGGUUCUUAGUCUCUUCGUGGAUGACUUCCGGAGUGACCCAACAGAUAUAACUAAGGAUCUGAGGAUGUCUGUGGUGGCAGUGAGACCAUAUUAUGAACAUUUAGGUUGCAAGUUUGUACGCACGGGCACGAUAUCGUGGGCUACACUUCCUACCCCACUUCGAUUUCCUAAAAUAAGGGGGAAGCGAAGAAGGUAGACAGACCCGUUAAGAGUUUUUGUUCUCGUUUACUGUUUGAUAAUACAUAUAAAAUUUUGGGUGGUCUUAUGCUUUGCUAGUUCAUGAGAUGAUUAAAAUUAUUGCAGUGAGAUUUGUAACUUUGAAGAAAAUGGUGGUGGAAUAUGUGGAAGUACCUCUUUAAUCUUUAUAAUCAAUGGAUGUCGUUUUCAGUA